UUCCCCGUGCCGAUGACCUGUGGCGCACGGUGCUACACAUCCCAGCGUGCCCCGGCCUCUCGCAUGCCGCGGAAGAGAGCAGCAUGCUGGGAGCCGUAGUCUGGCCCUCGCCUCCGGCCCGGCAUCGCUCGCCUCUGCAAAGCCCCUCGCCCCGACAGCUUUUGGCCUGCCGGCUCCUCUUGCCCUCGGAUGGAGGGCUCCGAGGAGCUGGAGAGCAGCCUUCUGACAAAGCCCUGGGCUUCUGUUUGCUUUGGUGAAUCCGCUUUUCUUGCCAAAGUGUGCUUCAGGGAUACUGGCUACAUCCUGCUGAUCUCCGACCUCAGCAGCGUCUGGUACGAGAGUGCAGACGCUGAGGCUGUGGGACAAAGGUCCAAGGAGCUGAACAAGCGGCUGACGGUCCACGUGUCCUCCUUCCUGCACCACUUGUGUGACUUGAUGUCCCCCUUGCUGGCAGGGCAGUCGGAUACCGCCACCUCCUUCUCCUGCCACCACACUGCUGGUGGCCUCAGCCUGCAUGUGAAGAGCACGCUGUCAGGACUGCCCUUCUACUGGAAAUUCCACUGCUGCCCGGCUCCCGUGGAGAUGGUGUCCCGUCACCUCGUGAGGCCCCUGAUUCGGAUGAGCCUGGCACUGCAGUACCAGGUGCAAGAGCUGACCUUCCUGCUGCUCCAGAAGGAUGCUGAGAUCGAAGACUACAGGGAGAAUGGGGCCACUCUCAGCAGAGACCGCCUGCGGACAGAGCCUUUCCAGGAAGAAAUGUUUCAGCAGAACUUCAUGGCUGAGAGCUUGCCCCAGAUCUGCGGUGUGGCAGAAGGGCAGGCGUUCGCCUCUGCUCUGCAGCAGCUCUACGCAGCAGUGACACAGCAGGAGGCCAAGCAGUCUCGGAAACGGCAGCGCUCAGGUGAGGAGCUCCGUGGCUGUGGGAUGGGAAAGGACACUGAGGGCCCGACACCUGCUGCAGAAACUACAGGGCACCCCCAUCCACCACCUCCAUCCCAGGAGGAUGAAACAGCAUCUUCCAGCGAGGGAACCACGCCAGCCUCCUCCCCAGCUCAGAAGCUCCGGCUGCCUGUGUCCAAGGCCAAGCCAAAGAAGGCAAAGGGGCUCUUCAGCUGAAAGGUCACUGCUACCCACCCCAAGGGUCUCUGCUCCCCCCAGCAUCCAAGAGAGGCAGUGCAGAGCACCCACGCGUCCUCUGCCUCCUCUCCUGCAUCUCCUGGCGGACCCCGCCCAGGUCGUGGUCCCCUCCCAAGGUGUCUCCAGCCAGGGAGAUGGGGCAUCUCCUUUCUUCAAUGGUGUCUCAGGAACCUCUUUUCUCCCUCUUCCUGGUGCAGAGCUUGCCCAGGCUG